UGUGUAAUCAAUUUCUUUUUCUGCACAGCGGAUGUGUAAAAAAAACCAUGACUUCCAGUUACGUCAAAACUUCAGCCGGCAACGCGAUGACGUAGCCGAUGUAACGAUCCCUCCGGGCGGCGGAGGACGAGGCUGAUGAAUGAGCUGAGAGGGGCUGACAGAAGGCAGACGGGCUCGGGAAAGAUGACGUGAGGACGAACCGUCCGGUGGAGCAUCAGCAUCCUCUCCAGACUCUGACUACAUCGUCUGAAUCCCCAAUUUACGCGACGUGACAAGUGGAAAAAAAGAGAAGUGAAUAAGACUAAGACCAGGGACCGGCGUACAUUUUUUGCGGGGAAUGAUCUGUUGAAGGAUGUGAUGUCAGGAUCAUGCACUGAUGCGUUUCUCUGCAUUUUCCCCAGAAGCGAGGGAGACGAAGCCCUGUCAUGAAAGAUGUCCGCUUUAAAGGACUUGUUUUGCGCCUGUAAAACUCGCUAAUCUUGGACGGCCUUGGUCGAGGUGGAGGAUUUGAUGGCAGAGCGGACCCCGAGGAAGAAGCAGCCAGGGACUAUCACUGGGAUUUACGAACUGUCGCUUUAUUGAGCUUGAAGGGUGAAUGGGUUUUCACGGCUCGGGAUAAGCAUCUCUCCACUGACGGGUGCUUUUUAUCCGGUCACAUUUCACAGCUCACAUCAGCACCAGCAGCAGCAGCAGCAGCAGCGGGAUAGCAACCAAUGGAUAAAGUCAAAGCAGUUUUUUUUUUUGGACAUUUUAACUUUGUUUUUGUACAGGUUAACUUCACGCAUUGGUGCUUAAUUUCACUGCCCGCUCUGUCAGUCAGAGUUUAGGUCGUUAAUCCUCGCUUGGCCAUAACCGAGGAGUUGUAUUUAGCAAGCUAACGGUAGCAACCACUGCCACAGAGCUGCGGUGCGUUCACGGUGAUCAUGUCUGCACGUUUGCACGGGUGAAACGAAGCUAACUCCCCAAAAUGAACCCAAGGGCGUAAAUAACAACAAGAAGUCAUGUCGGACUGAAAACAGCACUGUGGCUCCACCGGCCGUGAAGUCACAACAGCAACCAGAGCGGCUUAUUACCAGUGGUGGGAGAGAGGGGAUCAAAAAGCUGCAGUUAGCCUCCAGCCUGUUCACACCGCCCUCCACGGACCGCCGACACGAGCAUUUUCAACUCACUUUUUAGCCACGAAACCAGCAAAAAUGGGAGAGCAGCCCAUCUUCAGCACACGGGCCCACGUCUUCCAGAUUGACCCCAACACCAAGAAAAAUUGGGUCCCCACGAGUAAACAUGCAGUCACGGUGUCCUACUUCUUCGACAGUACCAGGAAUGUAUAUCGCAUCAUUAGCCUGGAUGGAUCUAAGGCCAUCAUCAACAGCACCAUCACUCCCAACAUGACAUUCACCAAGACAUCGCAAAAGUUUGGCCAGUGGGCCGACAGUCGGGCGAACACCGUCUACGGCCUGGGCUUCUCGUCCGAGAGUCACCUGGUCAAGUUUGCAGAUAAGUUUGCCGAGUUCAAGGAGGCGGCGCGGUUAGCAAAGGAAAAGUCUCAGGAGAAGAUGGAACUCACCAGCACUCCCUCUCAGGAGUCCGCCCCAGGGGAUCUGCUGUCACCUGUGUCCCCCGAGAGCAUCAACGGCACAGACAGCGAGGCGGUCACGCCAGACACACCGCAACACACGGAAGCCAGAGCAGAGUCUUCCCAGAAUGCACUGCCUUUCUCACACAGCUCACCCUGCAUCAAUAAGCACUGGGAGGCGGAGCUUGCAGCACUGAAGGGGAACAAUGCCAAACUGACGGCAGCUCUGCUCGAGUCCACGGCCAACGUCAAACAGUGGAAGCAGCAGCUGGCAGCCUAUCAGGAGGAGGCGGAGCGGCUACACAAGCGGGUGACAGAGCUGGAGUGUGUGAGCGGUCAAACUACGGUCAUCAAAUCUCAAAAGACAGAACUUAACCAAACAAUAGAAGAGCUGGAGUUUGCUUUGAAGGCCAAAGAGGAGGAGUUGGAGAAGCUUAAAGCAGAGGUGGAGAGCGCCCAUGAGUUCCAGUCUCAAAAAGAUUCUCUCACACAGAAACUACAGGAAGCAGAAACUAAGAGCCAUGUGCUGGAGGCCCAGCUGGGCGACCUGGAGCAGCGUCUGGAGAGCAGCCAGCAGGAGACGGAAGCCUUUCGCAAGAGUCUGCGCUCCCUGCUGGAGCUGCUGGACACCAAGAUCUUCGAGCUGACCGAGCUGCGGGACACGCUGGCCAAGCUCAUCGAGGGUAGCUAGAGAGACACACACACACACACACACCAACACAACCAGCCGCUCCAGUGGAAGAGCUCCACCUGCAUGUUGGCGCUCACUUCAUCACCGACAUGUAAAAAAAAGAAAGAAAGAAAUCCUCUCUUUUUCUUCUUCUUCUGCUGUUUGAUUUCCACAUACGUGCGAGAGGGUAUGUUUACACGUGUUAUGCAUUAACGGUACACACAUUUUUGCUACAGCCACAUUGUUUACAAACAGCCAAGUGACGAGGGCUUUGCUCGGGACUCGCCUUCCCUCCACCUCACUCUGGAUCACACACAGAAACUCUGGAUUCUUUAUUUUGACCCUCUUCGAGCAGAUGUCACCUUUUCUUGCUCCUUCCUACGUUUGGACUCUUUCAGCUUGGCUUUGGUGCAGUUUUGUAAACACCCGGAGCGGACCAUUAUUAUGCCCCCCCUCCCCAUCUUCUUCUUUGGUUUCUUUAUCUCAGCCUCUAACGGUCAUCAUCAGCCAAAUGAACACUU